CAGGACGCGCUCCUGGACUUGCGGAGGCGGCUGAUGAAGUUCUGCGUGGCCUGCCGCGUGUACCUGAGCCACCAGAGCAAGGUGCUGAGUGAGAAGGCCUUCAUCCUGCUGUGCGACCUGCUGCUCAUCCUGAGCCACCAGGGGCCCGAGGACACCGGCCUGGGGCUGCUCUUCUUUGUGCCCGACCACAUCCUGCAGGGCAAGCUGCUGAGCUUCGUCAGGGAGCACGUGUUUCUGGAGGAGUCGGGGUCUGAAGGCCCCAGCAGGAUUUACAAGGAGGACGACGCGGACGAGCUCCACGAGCUGUUCCACCGGAGGAACAUGCUGGCCGUGUUCUGCAAGCUUGUCGUCUACAACGUGCUGGACUUGAGCGCGGCCGCCGAAAUCUACCAGUUCUACCUGAAGCAUUACCAUCACUUUGGUGACAUCAUCAAGGAGACCAUGACCAGGACGAGACAGAACGACAGGCUUCGCAACGCGCUGUCCCUGCUCCUGUGCCUGCAGCAGGUGAGCGGUCUGUUCCGGAAGGUCGGGCGGCGCUCUGUGGCCGCUCCCCACGACACCAGGCCCCGUCGCCGGGGCCUGGAGGGGCGGGCGCCCUCGGGGACGCGCUGGCCGUGGGCACCGCUGCCCUCUCCUCGGGAGUCCUGCACCCCCGUCAGUGGCCUGUGAGCAGCUGCCGGAGGGGAUGGCACGUGCUGGCGGCUGGGUCGUCCCACGCCCCACGGACAGACAGGGCGGCUGAAACGUCAGACCCUUCUCCUUCCUGGUUCUGGAGGC